AACAGACUACUCGCGAUAGCCGCGCAACUAGUGUUGUUUGCAUCCACAUUAACCAGUGAAGCAAUGUUCGUUUCCAUAUUUAUUUCGGUUUGUUUAAUUGUUGUAUUCAUAUUCUACCGGCAACAUGUUCAGGAAAAACGGGUCAAAUAUUUCAAAGACCGCGGCAUUGUGAUGCAGAAAUCAGAAUUCUUCAUUAAGGAACUGUGGACUGUCCUAACAAACAAUAUCACUCUCCUUAUCAAUCAAAUGUAUGAAAAAUAUAAAAGUGAAAGAAUUAUCGGAUUUUUCAACUCAGGCAUACCCCAGUGCUUUGUACUCGAUCCUGUUAUCAUCAAGCAAAUCACGGUCAAGGAUUUUGACCACUUUGUAGACCAUUUAAGCUUUCUGGAUUUUUAUCACGACCCAUUUUUUGGGAACACCCUUAUCUCAUUAAAAGGCAAGCGAUGGCGUGAUAUGCGAUCUUCGUUAAGUCCAGCAUUCACAGGAAGUAAAAUGCGAUCUAUGUUCCAAUUGGUGCAACAAUGCAGUCAACAAAUGGCCCAAUACUUUUUAGAGCAAUGUAAUCAAAAUGGACCACAUUCAUAUGAUAUGAAAGAUAUUUAUUCAAAGUUUACCAAUGAUGUAAUUGCAUCGUGUGCCUUUGGUUUGAAAUGUGAUACAUUCCGUGAACCAGAAAAUGAGUUCUUCAAAAUUGGGAAAAAAGUAGCAAAUUUCCAAAGUCCUUGGAAUUUAUUUAAACUUAUAAUCUACAGAAUGAUUCCUUUCCGGAAUGUUGCAAAACUUUUAGACGUGAAACUCUUAGAUGACAAAAGUAGAAAUACUUUCACAAAGAUAAUUUUCACUUCAAUGAAAACUCGAGAGGAAAGGAAAAUUUUUCGACCCGAUAUGAUCAACUUAUUGAUGGAACUAAAGAAAGGACAAUUGCAAGCUAGUGCUGAAAUAGAAGCCAAUAAAAGCAUAGCUGCAGUGGAUGAACAUAUCAAUCUAUCAACAGAACCAAAACAGACUUGGACGGAUGAUGAGCUAAUUUCCCAAUGCUUCAUAUUUUUCUUAGCUGGUUUCGAUACCAGCUCCACGUUGAUGACCUUCACCGCAUAUGAGUUAGCACUCAACCCGAAUGUUCAAACAAAGCUUUUAGAGGAAAUUGAUCGGAUCAACAUUGAUUUGGCAGGAAAGCCAUUAGAUUACGACCACCUUCAAUCAAUGACUUAUAUGGACAUGGUGAUUACAGAAACUCUACGGAAAUGGCCACCUGUGGCCAUAACAGAUCGACUUUGCAUUCGAGAUUAUAAUUAUCAAGGGGAGGAUGGUUUUCAAUUUAGAAUAGAAAAGGGGACCGACCUUCUCAUUCCCAUUUAUUCAUUACAAAGCGAUCCAGAAUAUUUUCCUGAACCUGAUAAAUUUCAUCCGGAGCGCUUCAGUAGUGACAGUAAAUCAUCAGUAAAUUUGGGUGUUUAUAUUCCCUUUGGUAUUGGACCAAGGAACUGUAUUGGUUCCCGUUUUGCUCUGAUGGAAACCAAAUCGAUUAUUUAUCAUUUGCUUCUAAAUUUCACCUUUGAUUUGUGCGAGAAAACUCAAAUUCCAAUAAAAUUGAAGAACACCAUGGGGGGAGUGUUACCAGAUAAAGCCGAAAUAUUACUGCGGCCGAGACAUUAACGGUGCGGAUUUCUUUUUCCGGCAGACCUUUUCGGUUGCGAUAUUUCAUUCUAUAAUUU